AAACUCAGGAACUCGGUACUCCUCUUCUCCCUUCGCUCAACUCCAAACCGCGCAGCUCCUCUCUAUCUCUUCGGCUUCUGCAUCUCAGUUGACGAUGGAUUCAAACCAAGCUGCCAAGCAGCAUAGCCUAGUGGGCUCUGAAGCUGAUUCUCAAAGAACUCUGUACCCAUAUGUUACUGGGACGUCCGUAGUUGCUCUGAAAUACAAAGAUGGAAUUCUUAUGGCUGCUGAUAUGGGAGGCUCCUAUGGGUCUACCCUGAGAUACAAGAGUGUGGAGCGAUUGAAGGCUGUUGGAAAACAUUCUCUUCUUGGUGCAAGCGGGGAAAUAAGUGACUUUCAGGAGAUUUUACGUUAUCUCGAUGAGCUUAUCCUGUAUGACAACAUGUGGGAUGAUGGGAAUUCUUUUGGGCCUAAAGAGGUGCACAGCUAUUUAACUCGUGUGAUGUAUAAUAGGCGCAACAAGUUUGAUCCACUGUGGAACUCACUUGUUCUUGGUGGAGUGAAAAAUGGGCAGAAGUACCUUGGCAUGGUUAGCAUGAUAGGUGUAAAUUUUGAGGAUAACCAUGUAGCAACUGGGUUUGGAAAUCACCUUGCCCGGCCUCUUCUUCGUGAUGAGUGGCAUGAGAACUUGAGUUUUGAAGAUGGUGUUAAGUUACUGGAGAAAUGUAUGCGUGUACUUCUAUAUCGUGACCGGUCUGCUAUCAACAAGCUUCAGAUAGCAAAGAUCACAGAAGAGGGUGUAACUAUUUCACCACCGUACGCAUUGAAGACUUUCUGGGGAUUUUCUGCUUUCGAGAACCCAACAGUGGGUGCCGAGGGAUCUUGGUAGCUGCAAGAGCUGGAUAGAGCUGUCUUGCUGGCUAUCACGUUUUUAUUAUAACUGUGCUCGAGUUAUUUGUAAAAUUUGUUGGACUUCCAAGUUAAGCGGACCUUUUUGUCAUUAAUAGAAUGAUUGUCUAAAUUCACAAAUGCCCGACUGGUUUUUUUACAAGUUUGCUAAUCACAAGAAUUUGGCUUUGACCAGGAUGUCCCCUGCAA